GAGAUCGAGUUCCUGCGGAACAACCCCAAGAUCUGGAACGUGCACAGCGUGCUCAACGUGCUGCACUCGCUGGUGGACAAGAGCAACAUCAACAAGCAGCUGGAGGUGUACACCAGCGGAGGAGAUCCUGAGAGUGUCUCAGGGGAGUACGGACGGCACUCUCUGUAUAAGAUGCUGGGGUAUUUCAGUCUGGUUGGGUUGCUGCGGCUGCACUCUCUGCUGGGAGAUUACUACCAGGCCAUCAAAGUGCUGGAGAACAUCGAGCUGAACAAGAAGAGCAUGUACUCUCGGGUCCCUGAGUGUCAGAUCACCACGUAUUACUACGUGGGCUUCGCUUACCUGAUGAUGCGUCGCUACCAGGACUCCAUCCGCAUGUUCUCAAACAUCCUGCUGUACAUCCAGAGAACACGCAACAUGUUCCAGAGGACCACCUACAAAUACGAGAUGAUUAACAAGCAGAAUGAGCAGAUGCACGGCCUGCUCGCCAUCGCCCUGACCAUGUACCCGAUGAGGAUCGACGAGAGCAUCCACACCCAGCUCCGAGAGAAGUACGGAGACAAGAUGCUGAGGAUGCAGAAAGGGGACCCCCAGGUGUUUGAGGAGCUCUUCAGCUUCGCCUGCCCCAAGUUCCUGUCCCCCGUGGUGCCGAACUACGACACGGUGCACCCCAACUACCACAAGGAGCCUUUCCAACAGCAGCUCAAAGUGUUCACUGAGGAGGUGCAGCAGCAAGCCCAGCUCUCCACCAUCCGCAGUUUUCUGAAGCUCUACACCACGAUGCCCGUUGCGAAGCUCGCUGGGUUCCUCGACAUGUCGGAGCAGGAGUUCAGGAUCCAGCUGCUCGUCUUCAAGCACAAGAUGAAGAACCUGGUCUGGACCAGCGGCGUGUCCGCGCUGCACGGGGAGUUCCAGUCUGCCUCCGAGGUGGACUUCUACAUAGACAAGGACAUGAUCCACAUCGCUGACACCAAGGUGGCCCGAAGAUACGGAGACUUCUUCAUACGCCAGAUCCACAAAUUCGAAGAGUUGAACCGGACCUUGAAGAAAAUGCCCACCGCGGGUCCCGCCGUUGCCACCCCCGCUGCCAGGGCUACUUGAGCUCUCCCGGGACAGACCAUUCAUUGCUGGAGAAGAGGGGGGAGACUGGGCUGACCCAUUCUGCUGUGUUCAAGCAGAAGAAACAUGACCAUCGUUUGGUUGAACUGCAAUACAAUGAUAAAUUACUCAUAACUGUCACAUACACUCUCGUUAGCACCGAAUCUAGAAACACAGAAAGAAACCUGAUGAACAGAAAACAGAGAAGCUGAGAGAUACCGAGAAAGAACAUGAUGGUUGAAACGUUUGUCUUUGAUUUCAUUAAAAGUUUAUUUUAUUGUUUCUAUUGGGUGGGGACUGAAUGCUUUUUUUUUGGGGGGGGGGCCCAGUUU